AUGUAUCGAUGUGACGAGAAUUCACUUAAACCAGAGUAUUUUCUUCGUCCAAUCGAGAAUCCUCAGGAAUGGACAUUAAGCGAGAAGAGAUUACAAAUAAUUUUACGUCAAGCAGCUGAUACAUGUUACAAGCAGGGAUCGAUUUCAAAAGAUGAAUGCAAUCAAUUUUACAUAUCGGGUUUGAUCAAACAUAAAUAUUAUAUUGUAUUUAAAUGCACUGCUAGUUGUGCUCGUUUAGUGACGGCCAAAGAAAUCUAUCGAGCUUUGCAAAAUAAUAAAACAUCACGUCGAAUACUCUGUUUCUUUCGAGAAAUUAUUGAUAUUGAAGAACUUGAUUCGAAAUUUCGCGAAAUUGAAGAUGCAACCGAAGCGCAAUUGUUAUUGAAUGAAAUCAAAAAUGUACUGCAUCAGUCUCUCGAUUCGAUGGAUAUUCGUACAUAUCGAAUCCAUUGGAAUGAUACAAAACAACGAACUGAGUAUUUCACCAAAUUUUUUGAUGAUUUCUUCGAUAGUAUGAAAAAUCAAAUUGACUAUCAUAUGGAACAAUCUUGUAAUAAAAGAGCAACAAUCGAUCCAUUGUACGAUCAAAUAAUCGAGCAUGCUAUUCAAUGUAAUUUACUUAUACAACGAUACUUUCCUCGAAAAGAUAUUCUUGAACAAGUAAGAUGCACAUUUACAAUUGUGAUGCGAUUAAUUUAG